UUGGCUGUGAAGCUUGUCGAACAUCUGGCAUCCAUCCCACUCCCCACUCCCCAGUAGCCAGGUUACAGCAAGGGACGUUGGAUUGCGGAGGAAGUACGAGUGAAAAACCAUGGGAAAAUUCGCAGGGCGUCGUGCAUUAGUGACAGGUGCUGGGGCAGGGAUCGGCCGUGCAUUGGUUAUCAAGUUGGUGGAGAUGGGUGCAGAAGUCUUUGCAUUGAGCAAAACUGCCGCCAACCUUGAAUCUUUAAAAGCAGAAUGCCCUGGUGUCAAGACUAUCUGUGUAGACCUUAGUGACUGGACGAAAACAAGGGAGGCGGUGCAGAAGAUCAUCCCAAUACAUCUUUUGGUAAAUAAUGCAGCAUUUGCUAGCGUAGGUCCUUUCCUGACGGCUUCUCCGGAGGUAUUUGACCAUAUGUUCAGUGUUAAUGUGAAGGCUGUAAUGAAUGUUUCCCAAGUGGUAACGGGAGAUCUAGUGGCGAGGAAGCAGCGAGGAACUGUGGUCAACGUAUCAUCACAGGCGGGUCAACGUGCACUCGUGGACCACGCUAUAUACUGUCCUACCAAAGGGGCAUUGGAUAUGCUUACGAAGGUCAUGGCAUUAGAACUGGGGCCGAAGGGGAUCCGUGUGAAUGCUGUCGCUCCAACUGUGGUCCUGACGGCCCUGGGACGUAUUGGGUGGUCUGACCCUGCCAAAGCCGGACCCAUGCUGGCCCGAAUACCCCAGGGAAGGUUUGCUGAGGUGGAAGACGUGGUGAACGCCAUCGUGUAUUUGCUGUCUGACGAGAGCGACAUGGUCAAUGGUCAUAUUCUCCCUGUUGAUGGCGGCUUCUUGGCUGCCUGAUUCAUCACUGCUGCGGGGGACCAAGUUCUUAUAUUUAUCAUUCCUAAUUCAUAUUUCCUGUAAAAAAUUAUAUUAAUUCAAAUAAUUAUAGAUA